AUGCUCAAAGUGCUAUGUAUCGCUUUCUAUUUGUUUCUCUCCCCCCACCACUUAUGUGACGGAAGGAAAACACUGGAAAUAGAGUCCGAAAGUGGGUGGAGUGACGUAAUUGUAGAGAAGUCACAUUUAAGGAAAGGUCCUCUAAUGGGUGGUUUAUACGUGGAUGAGUGGAGUCCCAUUUGGGGCACCGAUAUGGAGGGAGAAACAGACUUACCAUCAGACAUUGACGCAAUUGUGGACGCUCUGAUAGGAAAUGAUACAGGGAAAAGGCAACACGGGGAUGAAAUUACCAAAUGGGACUCUGAUCAAAGUUUUGGAGACAUAAAAAAGGAGGCACCUUUCCAUAGAGCAACCCAACAGGAGAGUACCCCCCUUCGUGAUCAGAUCGACCAUUCUAAUUACGACGAAAAAGAGCCUAGGGUUCUUCAUCAAGGAAGAAAUUUUCCCCCAAAAGAUGGUCCCAACAGAAGUAAAUACCUAGACAGAGCCAAUAAGCUUACUUCCCAGUGGAAUGAGGAAGAGUUAAGUGAAAACCGGGAAAAGCAGAAAGGGGGAGAGGAGCCUUUGCAAAAUGAAGAUGAAUACAAUGAGGAUGAAGAAAGGGACAAUGAGAGCAGCGAACAGGGAAGAAAGAAAAAGAGGACUACCAAUUGGAACAGGAACUCUAAUUGGAAACGAACCGAAAAUAAACGCACCCAGGAGGGAAGAUUACGGCAGAAGAAAAAAGUACCCACCGAUACCCUGACAUCCAGGUUGAAUAUCAGAUGCUACAAAAACAUUCACAGAAUUAAAAAAAAGACGACCAAAAUAUUAAAAAAUAUGCUCCAUGCAUUAAUGUAUGACCCUGAUUAUAAGGGCAUCCUCGUGUUCUUAACGACAGAUGCAGCGGAUCUGAUAAUGAAUCAGUAG